AUGGACUACACGGCCCUUGUUUACGAAUAUAUCGAAGAGGGCGAGAACGACAAGGAGGUUAUUGAAAAGUCACUAGGGUUUUUCCGCGACGCUGGCUUCUCCCACACCUACAUUUCCCUGGCGUGCAAUUGGAAGCGCUGGCGGGUUGGCGCGCCUAGCUGGGCGCCAGCUGUGGGCAGCAGGCUCAUGAGCGCCGCUGCACUCUGCGUUGCUGAGCUGGCCCGCGAGUUCCAGCGCCCGCGGCGGAUCGUCAUGCCCACGGGCGACCCACUUGGCGAGGUCGGAGGUGCCGCCCUCGCCCUCCUGAUGGAGGCAUCGCCGUGUCAAUGCGUCGACUGCCUUGGACACUCUCAUCCAUCACCCUACAGCCGCAGCGACGGGAUGCCCCCCAUUGUCACCAUGGACGGCUUAGUAUUUUCCCCGGGUCUCACAAAGCCCGACAGUCUGAUACUUCGCAAUCUAGCUGCCGAUAUUCGAGCUGCGUCGGCUACAAGGCAGGGAAUAACACCACGUCGCCAUCAUGUCUGUCCGCCUGCGACCAAUGGCUCAGCCCAGGCGGCUACCGAAAAGGUGGCCUCGCAAGACGAAUUGGGCGAUGCGGACACGCUGGCCACGCUUAGCGCCAUGAACGACCCAAAGGAUGCUCGGUUUGAGCCGACCGUCUUCAGUGGUACCGACAUCAACGAUAUUCGGCUGCCCGAAUUUCUCGAUAGUUGGAUCUUGCGCCCAUAUAUUCGCAUGGCGCGCUCAUUUGCCCGCGUUGAGACGGAUGUAGUCAUGAUCACACAUCUCUUGCUCUACUUUACCACUUCUGUCCCAAGCGCUGCGUUUCUCUACUGGCACUUCACCUGGGUCCAUGGCUUCCUUCACUUCAUCAUGCAGGUCAGCUACAUCGGCUCCUACACACUUAUGAUGCACCAGCACAUACACAUGCGUGGCAUUCUCUGUCGGCAGUUGUGGGCUUUCGACAUGCUGUUUCCGUACAUUACCGAUCCGCUGAUGGGCCAUUCCUGGAACUCGUACUAUUACCACCACGUGAAGCAUCAUCACGUUGAGGGCAAUGGACCCAACGAUCUUUCUUCCACUGUCCGUUACCAGCGCGACAGUCUUGUCCAUUUUCUACACUACUUUGCGCGAUUCUUUUUCCUCAUCUGGCUUGACUUGCCCUUGUAUUUUUUACGCAAGGGAAGGACGUAUCUUGCUGCCAAGAUGACGUUUUGGGAGAUUGGAUACUAUGGGGUGCUAUAUGGCAUGUACCAGCUCAACCAUCGGGCCACGCUGGUUGUGUUUAUACUGCCUCUGUUGCUACUCCGAUCUGGCCUGAUGCUGGGCAACUGGGGGCAGCAUGCUUUUGUCGACCAUGAUGAGCCAAACUCGGAUUACCGUUCAAGUAUUACAUUGAUUGAUGUACCCAGCAACCGCUACUCCUUCAACGACGGCUAUCAUACCUCGCACCAUUUGAAUCCGCUUCGACAUUGGCGCGAGCAUCCUGUGUCCUUUAUCAAAGACAAGGGUCUCUAUGCAGCUCAGCAAGCCCUCGUUUUUCAUAAUAUUGACUACCUUAUGAUCACUGUCCGGCUACUUAUGAAGGACUAUCACACACUGGCGAAAUGUAUGGUUCCUAUCGGAGAUCAGAUCCAGCUGACACUAGAUGAACGAGUAAACCUACUCAAAAGACAUACGAUGAGGUUUUCAGAGGAAGAGAUUAGGGCAAAGUUCAAAUAA